UCUAUUGUUGGCUGUCGACCCGCACCCCGCACCGCUGUCUGACGAUUGUAGGAAAGUGUGCCGUUGUGUCCAUUCCACGCCGACAGUAGUGCUGUGCCCUCUUCUAGCCGUAUUCCACCGACGAUAUAGCAGAGGACUUCUUCUUCUUCUUCUGGAGAACCCGAUGCCGGGAGCUCGAGGACAGGAGAAGGCAGCGAGUCACGGAAAGGCCAGAAGCGCCGCUUCGCCUGCAUCAGCGGGCCGUGCAGGACGACGUCAAGAAGGACGGAGCCAAGAAGGACGCAGUACAACGACCACAUCAGACAUGGCGAUGAAGAAUUUGCUGACGAAGUUGAACAAGGUUCAAGAUUUGUUCUCAGCCAUCUCAUAUGAAAAAAUUGAGUUGCCCAAAAUCGUCGUGGUUGGCUCGCAGAGUGCCGGCAAGAGCUCCGUCCUGGAGUCCCUGGUCAAGAAGUCGUUCCUGCCUCGCGGUGCGGGCCUCGUCACUCGCUGCCCGCUGGUGCUCCAUCUACACCACUGCCCCAUCGGCGACUCUCGACGAAAGAACAUAGACCUUGAAGAGUGGGGCACAUUUCUGCAUGCUGAAGAUUGCAUUUUCAACAUGGAGGACAUUUGUACGGAAAUUGAGGCCCGGACAAGUGUGAUAGCGGGAUCCAACAGAGGCAUCGUCCCGUCUGAAAUAACUCUGAAUGUUUUCUCCCCUCACGUCGUGGACCUAACUCUAGUGGACCUGCCGGGCAUCACCAAGAAUCCCGUAGGGGAUCAACCUAAAGACAUCGAAGCUCAGAUAGAACACCUCAUUAAUCACUACAUCAGUAACCCUUUGACCAUCAUUUUGGCGGUGGUGACUGCCAACGUGGACAUGGCUAACAGUGAGAGCUUGAAACUGGCGCACAUGGUGGACCCGGAAGGCGAGCGCACCCUAGCUGUGGUCACCAAGAUCGACUUGAUGGAUGAAGGGACGGAUGCGAGGGACAUCCUCAACGGAAAAAUAAUUCCAGUAAAACUGGGAAUUGUAGGAGUGGUAAAUAGAUCUCAGAAAGAUUUAGAUGAAAAGAAGACGGUCGAAGAUACGUUUGUGAAGGAAAAGAAAUUCUUUGAAGAGAAGUACAAGGAGAUUGCCUCUAGGACAGGCUCACCUUAUUUGGCCAAGAAACUCAGUAGCUUGCUGUCGGCCCAUAUCGACAAGUGCCUACCUGACGUUGAGGACAAAAUCCGAAUAGAAAUUAUUCGGUGCUCCAAGAUUAUUGACGAGUGCGGUGACUUAGUAACGGACAAACCGGCAACUCUAAUGAGCUUCAUAAACAAAUUCAGUCAGAACUUCUCCUCGCUGUGUGAAAAAGGUUCUCAGAAUCUUGAAUCGUUGAAGCUGACUGGUGGCGCCAAACUGUGUGACAUUCUCCACAGUGGACUGGAGAAGGUCUUCGCUAACUGCGAACCUUGCAAAUCGUACACCAUCGAUCAAGUUGUCAUAGCCCUUAGGCAAUCCAAUGGUCUCAAGCCACCAUUCUUCGUGUCCGAGUUGGCUUUUGAAAUGUUGAUCAAACCUUUGAUCAAGGAUAUGGAGACACCUGCUCUCGAAUGCGUGGAGGCCGUUAAGAAGGAGCUGGGAAACAUGUGCCACCUCAGCGUCCCCGAGCAGCUGAAAUUCCGCUUUCCCCAACUCAAGCAAGCGCUGGUGAAAGUCUUACUGGAAAUCGUGGAGAAAAGAGGACAGAAAGCAGUACAGAUGAUUCGGGAUUUAGUGGCAAUUGAGAUCGGCCAUAUUACAUAUUACCGAAUCGAUGUUUUGAAAGAAGAAUUUAAAAACAUCAUGACAGCAGCUGAGCCAGCAAACAAAUGUAAUGCGCCGAGUUUGCCCUUCCAGGCGGGAAAUCUACGGAAACAACUGGAGAACGAGUUAAACCAAGGAGAUGAGAUUCAAUUGGCUGAAAUUUCUUCUCAGCUGAACUUGUUGGUGUUGUCUGAAAAGGACAGGAGACACAUCAUCAUUCUAGGAAAGAUGCUGGACCAUUAUUACAAAAUUGUGGCGGAAACAAUGCAGGACUGCACUGCGAAGGCGGUCGUGACGUUCCUCGUCAAUGAAGUGCGAGGAUCGCUCAACACGGAGCUCUGUCUCGCUCUCAUGCAGGGAGAUUUGUUGGACCACUUGUUCAGCGAGAGGGACGACGUCACAGAAAAACGUGACUCCACUCUUCAGAAACUGGACGUCCUCAAGAAAUCCCUUGAAGUUAUUGCUGGGAUCGUCUAUACCUAAAAGACUGCUGUGCCAAAGGAGAGUGUCGACCAACAUGUUCUAAUUUUUUACUUGUGACUCUUUAAUAAUAGAGUGUUAUAGUGUGGACCAUUAAUGUACCAACUUUUAACUUGAAUGUUUUCAAUAAACAUUUUAUUGUUCUAUUUUAAAAAAAA